AUGCAUUCUAAGUGUGUGAGUGUUGCAGAUUCUGAAUUAGCGAUAAUGUACAACGAUGAGUCUGUACUCGAACAGCAUCACCUAGCCGUUGCUUUCAAGCUGUUGCAAGAUUCAAAUUGUGAUUUCUUGGUGGGCCUUAACAAGAAACAACGACAACUCUUCCGAAAGAUCUCAAUUGAAAUGGUACUCGCCACGGAUAUGUCAAAGCAUAUGAGUUUACUGGCUGAUUUGAAGACAAUGGUUGAGGCGAAAAAAGUGGCCGGAUCUUCGGUGCUCACCUUCGAUAAAUUUAAUGAUCGAUUGCAGUUGCUGCAAUCAAUGAUACAUCUAUCAGACCUAUCGAAUCCAACCAAACCAAUCGAGUUGUAUCAAAACUGGAAUCAGCGAAUUUUGGAAGAGUACUGGCGUCAAGGCGAUCGAGAGCGUGAUCUUGGCCUUGAGAUCUCACCGAUGUGUGACCGAAAUAAUGUCACCAUUGAAAAAUCACAGGUUGGCUUUAUCGAUUACAUCGUUCAUCCGCUGUUCGAAACAUGGGCCGAUUUGGUUCACCCGCAUGCGCAGAAUAUUUUGGAUCAAUUGGUUAUGAAUCGUGAAUGGUGCUGUUUUCUUUUCACUUACGUCAAUUCACAUUUCAAAAUUCUUUUAUAA